GGCCUAGCGGCGGCGAUGGGGCUUCGGCGGGCGCUGGGCCUCGGGGCUCGGCUAGGCCGGGUCCUCCUGCGGGGCUGGCUCGGGGGGCCUCCCCACCACCACCCCGCCGCGCCCCCGCCCGCCUCCUGCUUCCCCGCCGCCCCCCCCGCGCGGCCCCCGGGGCCGCUGCUCCUGCGCCUGGCCGCGGCCCGCCUGGGCCUCCGCAGCGUCCCGCUCGGGCGCCUCCCGCCGGCCCCGCGGCGCCUGGGCCUGGCCCUGGGGCUGGGGCUGGCGCUGCUGGAGCCCGCGGCGGCCGAGGAGGAGAGGCGCGCGGCUGCGGCCUGCAGGGACAUCCAGACAAUCUUCCACCCGAGGAACAAGCCCCAGAAGGACACCCUGGGAUUAGUAGCCCGGCGAGGCUUCAGCCUGGAGGAGUAUUUCAUCGGCCAGUCGAUUGGCAAAGGCUGCAGCGGGGCUGUGUAUGAAGCUGUCACACCUGCCACACCCACUGGGAACAGAGAUCGGGUGCCCAAGCGGAGGGAUGGCGGUGAGGGCGCUUUGGAUGCCCAGGGUGCGGCAGAGGCAGAGGAAGGAUUUCCGUUGGCUAUCAAAAUGAUGUGGAAUAUUUCGGCUGGUUCUUCGAGCGAAGGCAUCCUGACCACCAUGUCUCAAGAGCUUGUGCCAGCCAGCGGACGGGCCCUUUCUGGAGAAUUUGGAGCUGUUGCCAGACCCAGGAAGCUCCUCCUUGGGAAGAAGUGGCUGAAACCUCACCCCAACAUCAUCCGGGUGAUCCGGGCUUUCACAUCUCAGGUCCCGCUGCUGCCGGGCGCCACGGUGGACUAUCCGGACGUCCUGCCUUCUACCUUGAACCCCUCCGGAAUUGGGCACAGCCGCACCCUCUUCCUGGUGAUGAAGAACUACCCGUGCACGCUACGGCAGUUCCUUUCCAAGGGGAACCCGGACCCCCGUGUGGGGGCCGUGAUGAUCCUGCAGUUGCUGGAAGGGGUGGACCACCUUGUCCGACAGGGAGUUGCUCACCGAGAUCUGAAGUCAGACAACAUCCUGGUGGAGUUCGACCCGGCAGGGUGCCCAGGAUUGGUCAUCACCGACUUUGGGUGCUGUUUGGCCGAUGAAAGGCUGGGCCUGGAGCUGCCGUUCCCCAGCUGGUAUGUGGAUCGCGGGGGCAACACCUGCUUGAUGGCGCCUGAGGUGGCCACGGCCGUGCCAGGCCCAGGCGUGGUGAUCGAUUACAGCAAGGCCGAUGUCUGGGCCGUGGGGGCCCUGGCCUACGAGAUCCUGGGGCCCGGGAACCCGUUCUACGGCCAAGGGGGGGCCGCCCUGGACAGCCGCAGCUACCGGGAGGAAGAGCUGCCCCCCUUGCCCGCCCCAGCAGCCCCGGAAGUAAAGGAGCUGGUUGCCAGGCUCCUGAGGCGGAACCCGGCCAAGAGGCCAUCGGCCCGAGUGGCGGCCAACGUCCUCCACCUGAGCCUCUGGGGCGAAGCGGCUGUUGGCCGGGCGGGCUUCCCUCUCCCCCAGCUGGUGGCCUGGCUGCUUCGACAGUCGGCCGCGGCUUUAAUGACCGAGCGGCUGGGCGGCACCCGAGGGGUCGAGUCCCGCUUGAAGAGGGGCUUCCUGGCCAGCCUGGACUACGAGGACCUCUGCGAGGCAGCGGCCCUGCUCUGCUCCUGGAGAGGGACGGCCUGGCCUGCCCCCCAGUAGAAGCGCUCCUCUCGUUAAGUACCCCUGGGGGGAGGCAGCUUCCGGGUGGGGGAGCUGUAGCGCAAAGCGGGGAGGGGGAGUUCAGCAACGGAAAGUGGCAUUUUCUCCCCAAGAUUUCAUCAAGCUGGCGGCUGGGCAGGAUGAGGCCGGGCAGUGGCCUCUUUUGAGGUGAUCCACGGCCUGGUGGGACCCGGAAAUGCUGGCUCCUCGCCCGUCUUUCUGGUUUCCUGCUUGGCACGAGUAGCAUUCGACAGGUGUGGUUUGAGUUGCAUAUUAUUUAAAAUCCUUUGCUUGCCUGUUUGACCACGUAGGGAAGUUGCAAAAGCAAAGCAAAAAUGCCUAGAACCACUUAAUUUCAUUCCGUGACUUAGCACCCCAAAGUGGCGGAUGAAUCAUUGUUUGCCUUUGUGAGUUGAAACCAGGUGAGAUAAAUACCAUCCUCACCUGCUUCAUUGUGGUUCUCUGGGCUGUUUUUUCCGGUAGAAAAGGGUUCCCUCCUUAGCGGCGAAGUUUUUUAGUGGUGGAACUGCUUGUUGGGUCGUGCAAAUAAAUCACAUUCACGUUUG